AUGAAGAGAGUCAGAAGCGUCGUUGAGUCGUGUCAUUUGUGCGACGUGCAUUUUGAGUCAAAUAAUGGCUACAUAAAGCAUUGUGAAACGAGAAAUCACAAACACAAAUUGCUUGUUAAAAAUGCGGCCACCAUGGUGAUUGACGAGGAAAUAGACAACUCUUUUCCUACUAAAACUGUUCCCGAAAUUCCACCGUUUUUUCCUUUUACGUCGCAAGGUGACCAACAAGAAAUGAUGGCGACCCCUCUAAUUUUUGAAGACGACAGUCAGGACAAUCCUUCAUCGCCAAUUCAACAUGAAAUGGACGCUGAGGACAAUGUCAAUGAAAAGUCUAAUUUAUUUUAUCCCUUUCCUGAUGAAAAGUUUUUCCUAUUAUACUGUUAUUCACAUGGUAUAAUGAGGCCGAAGGUAGGGGCAACUUGAGCUUGACAGUCAUGAUUUGUUAAAGCCGCGCCCUUCUUGUUUUAGAUUUAAUUUUCUGAUGUAUAUAAAAUGUCACUCUGUACAGCACGCACAUUACGCGCACAUAUAUAGAAAAGGCCAGGGACUGGUUGUUCAAAGGUGGGUUAGCGCUAACCCUGGGUUAAAAUUUAACCUGCUGUUUUAAUUUGUGUAUUUCUGCACGCCUGUUUAUUUCAAAACUUCAGAGAAGUAAACUCCCAUCGAGUCAGACAAGAUCUCUGAAAAAAUAUUUCCAUUUAUAGACAUGCUGUCAGGUUUGUUUGCUUUGAAUUUUAGGUUAAUCUAGGGUUAAGCUAACCUAACUUUGAACAACUGGCCCCAGGUCAUAAGAAAAUGUUUUGUGGAUAUGCAUGACUGCCAUAUGCAAUUAAUUUCAACGGUUCACCCAUAAGUUAAUAAUUACCUAUACUAAUUUACUAAAUAUUAAAAAAAAACUGGAUUUGUAUUUUAUUUUUAAGUCUCGAGCAGAUCUUGACUUCUUAUGGAUGAUGCUUGAUCGAUUUGGAGUUAAUCCACCACUUCUUGAUUCUGUUUUGUCCUUCAAAAUAGAUGGCUUAGAAGACAUGUUACCUUUAAAUAAGGUUGCUAUUGAAACUUACAUCUAUUUUUUACCAUAUGUUUCCAGUUAGAUUAAAUAAUUGUCUCUAAAAACAGGCAUAUGGAGAAGGCCAUCCAUUCUAUUGGAUUCCACCAUCUAAAAUAAUCCAAAUGCAACUAGCCACACCCACGAUUGCACAACAAAUUGCCAGAUAUCCAGAAAAGACACAGAACAUUAUUGAAGAGAUGUAUCAGGUAAGGCAUACUUGGGAUUAUUAAGGACAUAGUACAUACAGUAUUCUGAAAUGAUUAUAAGAAUUGGGUAUGUACAGUACAGGGAUAUAACUUGUGUGUGUGUGUGUCCUGUGUGUGUUGGGGGGGGGGGAGGGUUGACACCCUCCAACAUUGUAAUGUUGCAUUUUUGUCUUGCAAUUUUAGCAAUUGAAUUGUGUUGCAUUCCAGGGCAGGAAAUGGCAUAUCUGUGAGCAGUUUCACACAACCUCCGCAACUGUUCACAACAAAACUAUUUUUGUUGAUGAUGUUAUUCAAUAUACAUCAAGACAAGGCAACAGAGCUUAUGGGAAAGUGCAAAAUUUUUUUGCACAGGUACUGGUACUUAUAAUUUGAAUGUUAACUGAUAUGAAGUGCACUUAAGACUCUUCACAAGUGAAAUAUGCCUUUUGUGUGACACUGAAGAAAUUGAAAAUAUAAAAGUGAAAUAAGGCAUCCUGAAACCGGAGAAAAGCAUUCUGCAUAAAGGUGAUUCUGCGGUAUACCGAGUUAAAUGUUAAAAUAACAUAUCAACUGACAAGCCCAAACUGGAUAAAAUAUAUAUUUAUUUUCCCAUAUUAUAAUAAUAAUCAGAGAAAACUUAUCUCUUCGUAGAAAGUCGAUGACUGUCUUAAAUCUAUGUGCGAAGUAUUGAAAGUCAAUGUCCAUCCCGUCCACCCAGAUCAUUUGGUUAUCACUGAUGAAAUUGAAGAUCUUGAUAUCAAUGACAUAAAUGGAAUUACCACAGCUCCUCUAUCAUUCAAAGAAAUCGAUGGCCAAAUAUAUCACCUCACACCUGAGGUUAUAUACUUGAUAAUAUACAGCAUCCCAUGAUCAAUUAUUAUUACCCAAUAGUUUUGAUAUCAUUUAAUUCUGUCAUUCAUAUUUAAUCCAGGAAAUAGACUUCCAUUGUACUCCACAUCCAAGUAAAGCUGCAGCUGGUGGUAAACAGACCCUGACACUUCCAAUUGUCAUAUUCUCAGAUGAGACAAGUGGAAACCUGUCAAAGAAAUGGAACAUGUUGGAGACAUAUUCUUUUUUCCUUGCAAGUCUGCCAAGAAAAGAAGUCACCAAAUUCAGCAACAUUCAUUUUAUUUGUGUGUCUAAUUUGGUGGACUAAACCACACUUGAGAAAGUGAUUGCAGAAGAUCUAUCAAGUAUGUGUCCAAUGUGCGAAUAAAACUAUAAAUAUAUAUGGCCUUUAAUAUAGCCUGCGAACAGGCGUUACAGUCAUCGGUUUGAACGAUGUUAUUUUAGAAUGAGUAAAAUCAUGGAGUAAAAUCAAUCAUUGUUACAAAUUUAUAUACACAAUUGAGUUUAAAUAUUUGAAAUCUUAUCAGUGACUGCGCGCCUCAAGCACUUUUCUAGUAUAGUUGUCAAGUUAGCACAAGUUUCGGGCAUGCAACUUGGAAGUUUGGUAGAACCAGAAGGAAAUUAUGAUGGCACAACAACUUUUAAUAUAUGAAGAUUGACUUUAAUAUCUUGUUGUGAUGUAUUUCAUUGUUUCUUUUUUAAUUUUUAUAUAGAACUUGAAUCAGGAAUGAUGAUGUAUGAUGUAUUAUCUGGCAAUGAGAUAUUUGUUCAGUGUCCAAUACUCUGUGUUGCAUGUGAUAAUCCUAGGGCUUCAGAAAUUUGUCAUCACCUUGGCAGUACAGCAAAGCAUUUCUGUAGAGAUUGUGAUGUAUGUUAAUCAUUUUUUAUUUUUACAAAAUAUAUUCAAAUACAAUGAGUUAUUUGAAUGUCCCAAUAAGUGAACCAUGGGUGGGUGGGGAUGAUGACCAACUAUUUUUUAUGUGACUGAAAUUUCUAAUUUAUAUCUAGGCAACAAAAGAAAAUGCAACGGAAAUUGGCAAUGCAAGGACAGAUGAAGCAAUCAAGAAUACAAUUGUCCUUUUAAAAAUGCAAGGUAACCCAAUGCUUUUAUGCUUAACAAGUGAAACAGUAAUUUGCCAAAAUAAAAUGAUGAACAGAUUGUCAACUGCUUUCAAAGAAAUUAUCAAACCCAGGGCCACCGCACAAAUUUGUGGGGCCAGGGGAAAUCUUCUCUGGGGGGGAGGUGACAUGACAUUAUUUUUAAGCUAGACAUUAUUUUUAAGUCGGUCACCCGGCUAGAUCUCAACUAGACUACGGAGCUACUGGAAGGGGCCUCGAUUUAAAAAAUAUGCUCUGACAAAUUUAAAGAUCCUACUCAAUUUCAGGCUCUUUUCUCUCUCUCAAAUUAAAUUUUUUUCAACUUUUUUUUUCUUUAUCAUUUCUGAUACCAACCUCUAAAUUAGUAUUGGUAUUGAAUUCAAAAGUCAUGAUAUCACUAUAAGAAUAGCUUUGACUGAUUGCACUAUCCUGUUUAAACGAUCGAUGUUUACAGUUGUUAUAUAUUGUGCCUUAUUAUUUUUACACUGUAACUUGAUGUUCUAUGUGAUUUUCAUCCAGAUCUGAAAAUGCAAAAAAAACUGCUAAGACGAGAAACUGGUGUGACAGAAUGUGGUGGUCAAUUUGAUGAGCUAAAGACAUUUGAUGCAACUGAGUGAGAUAUUAAAAAAAUUUCUCAUGAUUAAGGCAGGGUUGUGCAAUAUCUUUGCUAUAAAUACCUUCAUUUCCUAUAUUUUUCCACAGGCAGACACCAAUUGAAAUUCUGCACACUAUUCUACUUGGGUCUGAAAAAUAUCUUUUGGGAAAGACAAUGAAAACACUAUCUGCUGCCAAUAAGAUGAAGAUAAAGGCCAGGAUCGAGGCAUUUGAUUUUUCAGCCUUUCCACAAAAAAUUGCAAGCAGCAUCACACGCAUGCAUGGUUCUUUGGUUGGGCGCGACUGUAAAGUUUGGGCAAAAGUUGCAGUAUUUCUACUUAUGGAUAUUGUAUCAGAUGAUGAAUUGGAAGUGUGGUACAAUUUGAGUGAUGUAUGUCAUGUAUAAAAUGUUACUUACAGUUUAAUAUAUUAACAUGCAAUGCACCCCCAUGCACCAGAUGAUUUUACUAAAACCCAUUUUGCAUCAAAAUAUUCAGCAGUGUGACUGGAUUCCUGAAUGACUUGACUGUGGAAAUCAACAGCUACUUAGCCAGUUUUAUUAAAAGGUUGUCAUAAUCAUCUAGCUGUGAUACACAAUUGAGUUUCUUGGAAUUAAUGUAACUGUAGUACUAGUAUUUUUUUUUAUCUUUGUUUGCAGAUAUUUGCAAUCGCUUAUAAUCCAUGUGUGAACAGGGAUGAUCGUGAAAAAAUGGACAUGGCCAUCUCACAUUUCCUUGAGACAGUAGAGAAUGUCCACCCAGAAUUCUUGAGGAAACCCAAAAUACACAUGCUACUGCAUUUGCCAGACGAUAUCUUCAAUUUUGGCCCCGCCAUUGGCUUUGCCACUGAAAGGUUAGAUACCGAUUUGAUUAAUUUGGAUUUCAGAACAAAAAUAUUCAUUUCUGAUUGGAUUGGAUUGAUAAAGUUGUUUCAUAGUCAUAUCAGACAAUCAGACUUCGAUAUUAAAAAUAAAAGGAAUUAAUUAUAUAUCGUAAUUAUUAUUUUGGUUAAAUAUUUCUACUUGAAUGAGAAAUUUAUUUUAUUAAAGGAUUUUUCGGAUCGGAAUUCUUUAUCAAAACUCGGAUCGGAUUAGACAAUUUUGGAUCGGAUUUUAAACAUUUAACCAAUUUAUUGUGGGAUUAUUUAACCAAUCCGAUCUGAUAGACACCUUCAUUAGAUACUUAACAAUGUUCGAUUCUUUGUCAAGUGGGAAGUCAUUGCAACCAUAGAAAUUUAGAGGUUUGGUAGUAACUGUUGGUUAGCUGGUACUACAUGCACACAUUUUUUCUCAACAUUUUAGAUUUGAAGCAUUGAACUCGAUCAUACGUCAGAUCAAUGUAUUUUCCAACCGCCAAGCAUGUAGCAGAGAUAUUGGGAAAAAGUUUGUUCAACACCAAAUUCAAAAAUUUGUGUUAAAUGGUGGAUGUUGGGGUGUUGACUACAGGUAUUUUAAAGUUUUGAUAUGGAAUUAUACUCACUAUGGAACUAGUGAUAGAAAUUUGUAGCUCACAAACAUUUUUACAAUUAGCUUUUCUCACGCCGCCAUUUUUGGGUGGCAACCUUUUAAGAACAGGAAAAGUAACCAGUGAAAAUGAAACUUUCUAUCAAUAUAGUUGUAAUUAUAGUCAUUAUAUAAAUCGAUUCACAGUUAAAAUAUAUGGAAAAUUAUUUUCAUAUUGCUUAGAUUUUUCACAUUGUUUAUCAAAUAAUACCCAAAAGUGGUGGAUUUGACCUUCAUGAGAAAGGCUAAUUAUAUAAUUUUAUAUAAUGUAAAGAUGUUUAUUAAAAAUUAGUUAGAGAUAAAAAUUAGUUAUAGAUUUUAAUACUAAAAAAAUUAUGCUAACAUUUUAGAAAAUGUGCGUCACAGCAGUUGCAGCAUCUUGCAAAAAGCCCCAAACUUGCAAAGUUUAUGUACCAGGACGAUCCCAAGACAAAUAGUGAGAAAGAAAUUUAUCAACCGGGAUCACUACGACUGGUAAGUAAAUAAUGCUAGUAAAUUAUGAUACAAUUUCAUGACAUUGCAUGACAGGUCUCUUUGCAACUUGUGUGGCUGCAAUUUGUUUUAAUAAAAUGAACCUAAGGACAAUUAGGCAAUAAUUUAAUUUAUUAUUUACUUUAGUGGGUCCACAAAACUUCAUGUUCACUGACCAGUCAACAAUGAAACAGUUAUCAACCAGUCAAUAAUAAAACAGUUAUUUACUAGUCAAUAUUAAAACAUUUAUUGACUAGUCAAUAGUAAAAUAGGUGAGCAGGUGCAGGUGCGCAACUAUUACCAAGAAGUUCAAAGUCCAUCCAAUAGUUUUGCAAACUUUUUGUCUGCUCGGUUCACAUAUUACUUAUUUGGUGCAUCUAGGAUCAUGUGGUGUAGUCUUAUAGUCUCAAUGAAUAUUACUUAUUUGGUGUAUCUAGGGGAAGUAUACAAAUGGCCGCCUGCAGAAGCUUCAUAUUGAUGCUGUAUUCUCUACACCUGCAAUCGAAGAGCAUCUGAGCAAUAUAGUAACUACAAGCAACAAUAAAUGCAACUAUUUGAAGGCUGCAUUUCGGAUGCCAAAUAUUUAGUAAGGAUGGGGCAAGCCAUUGCUUACAAAGAUAAGAAUGGACAGGUACAAUACAUUAAAAUAUGGUUUGUUUAAAGUUAACAAAUAUAUUUAACAAAAUAAUACAACUUUGUCAUUUCUAGACAUUUUCCGUCUAAAUAAAUAAACUAUCAUAUUAAUCCAUUCACAUGCAAUGAGUAAUUAAAAUCCUCUGACAUUAGAGAGAGUAAAAUGCUAAAAUAUAAGGGUACAUUUAGGCGCAUUAUGGCCCAACCCUUUAUCAUGCAACAUGCCCCUGCACCAUUUUUCUCUGUCUAACAAUCAGUGUAAAAGAAUAUUUGAGUCUUAAGAACAUUGCUUAUUGCAUUGUAAUGGGUUAAUUAAAAUUAUGUUAUUCAUCAUAUUAUUGUGGACUUACAAAAUUGUAUUGUUUGUGAAUGCUUAUUUUUUUCAGAAUUGUUUUGGCGAGUUUGAUGGCGCAGUUAAAUUGCUCAGUUCAGAUGGCAACAAAAAUUGGGUUCAGGUCACCUCGUACUGUAUGCAGCAUGAUGAAACCGGGCAAGUCCAACUUGGUCGUUUCAACUGUCCAGUCCUGGAAAAAACAAACAGGAAAGAAAUAAUUCCAUCCACCAGUGUUGAACAGCGAGUCAAUGUGGUUCAUGACUGUUCGAACCAGUGCAAAUUUGAAGUUUCUGGCAAAGACAUGGUAGAGGAAAGGGAAGUGGUUUCACAUGAAACAAUGACAUAUCAGCAUGACUUGACAAAUAACCGCUAUUUACUCAAUAGAUUUUUUUUAGGUGGUAGCACCAUGCGUUUUGUAUUCAACGCAUAAAUUAUGUAUUUUCAUUAAAAUAGUUAAGGCUGUUUUCCACUUCAACCGUAUGGUACCGAAACGAUCAAGCAUAGCGUAUUUCUUUGCUUGAAGAGCACUACAGGGUGUAUAUAAAAAAGGUAAUCGGACUUCAGCGCGCUAUUGUACGUGAAUUACUCAGCGUGCGACCGAGAGUUUUCCAUCUUCGGAACAAUCAGCCUUUUAGCUAUUGAAUGAGAUGUCUUUCAUGCCAAAUGGAGAAAAAAAGAGCAAAUACGAAUCCGAU